AUGUCUGAUUUAUCGGGAAGUGAAGUAAACAUUAAGGAGCUGGGCGAAAUGUAUGCAGAAAUAACUAUACAAAUCGAAAUAAUCCCACCAAAAGUUCCUGAAGUUAAAGAAAUUAUCCCAGAUGUGCCAUAAAUAAAAUAUGGCGUCUUCGUCUGGGCAUGGCCUCCCGGUCAUGCAUACUCAACUUAUAUUUUAUUUAUAUCCUGUAAGGUUUUACUACUUCAGAAAUGGACAGCAAUGCUAGGUAAGCAAUUCUGGUUAUGUUCAGAGCCUAGCCCAGUCUAAAUUCAGAGGUGGUUUUUUCCUCGUGGGGAGAUGAGCACGGAGGUUGGAAAGGGGAAGCCCAGCAGAGUCCUCUGGACCAAUCGGGCAACUCCCUAGCGUGAAACUGGGCGUUACGUCCCAGGCUUUCGAAUUCUACCUUCUACCGACAGUCGACAAGAAAAUCCAUUUUUUAUGGAUUUUCGGAAAGACAACCCACGCUGUGCGAAUCCCUUGUUUGAGGCAACAAGGAGGGUGUCCGCCGAGGCCUCACCAUAGGCGAAGAGCGUGAAGGGGUGCAAAUCCCCGGCCCUGCAAGUGCGAACGGCUAAUCUUAAUCUUAAUCCCAGAUGUGCCAAGUCCUACGUAUAAUGAAAGAAGAAAAGCAUAUCAUUAUCAAAAAAUUAUAAAGGAAUACGAAAACGCAGCACUAGAAGGGGCCAAUUCUAGCUUCCUCCCACUUAAAUUGGAACCAAAAUUUCCAUUUUUUGAGUACUUUACCCCAUUUAAAUUGGAACAAAUUUUAUUUCAAUAGGAAAUUUUAUAGUGAAAAUACUAAUUUUAAUAUAAUUAUUUUUGACCAAAUUUAGUUGAAAAAGUACAAGUAGAAUAUAUUUAAAUAGUUUUAACACUGUAUCGAUUAAUUUUUAAAUUAAUACUUCAUAAAGUAAAUUAAAAAUUCAAAUUAUUGUCUCAAUUUAUGUCUUUUAUAAUUUGAACAGAUUUUUUUUCCAAUUUAAAGAGGGAUUAAGAGAAAUAAUCAUAGAUAA